AUGCGCCCGGUCGAGCAUCCUAUAGACAUAUCUCUCGUAUACAAUACUGUUUCUCAGUUCUCAUACUACCCUGGUGGCCCCGAUGAGACAUGCACGGACUACGAGGUGAUCAUCAACAUCUAUCAGACAGCAGAAAACAUCGGCGUUGUGAAAUUGGGAGAGGAUGAAACGGACGUCCAGCUUGUACUUUAUGCGAACCUCAAACAACAGCAAUCCCCCGACCGAGGGAGCGUCUGCUACGCAAAUGCCAAAGAGGACUUCACACCCGAUGCCGACGACGAGGCGGCCUCCGCUCGCAACUCGUCCGGCACACAGGCGUUAUCCCCGCGUCAGACGUACUACGCCGAGAUGCCCGGCUGGCAGAACCCGGCAAAUGACCCCGUGAACCUGGAGACGUACUUUGCGGUGGAUUCCGUGAACGACAUGUUUAACGAGAAGGACUUCCAAUUCUCCUGCGUUCCCAACCCAUCGUCGUAUCCUUUUUAUCUUGCCUUGAUUGAAUAUUGA